AUGGCGGAGCUGGGGGACCCCCAACAGCCUGGAGGGGGAAGCACAGAGAGGGAUGAGCCCUGGGAGCCUGAAAUGGGGGGCAUGGGGAAGGGGAAGCCUGGACAGGAAGGCGGCCGGAGCUUGAGGGGGAGCUCUGAGCUGGUGGUCCCUGAUCAGCCUCCCAGCAGGGAGAAGCCCUUCAGGUGCUUGGAAUGUGGGAAGAGCUUCAGGACAAGCAGCGACCUCCUCACCCACCAGCACAUCCACACUGGGGAACGGCCUUACCCGUGUGGGGAAUGUGGGAAGAGCUUCAGGAACAGCUCCAGCCUGAUCCGUCACAAGCGCAUCCACACUGGGGAACGGCCCUACACAUGUAGAGAAUGUGGGAAGAGCUUCAGCCGGAGGUACUACCUCUUCACCCACCAGCACAUCCACACUGGGGAACGGCCCUACACGUGUGGGGAGUGUGGGAAGAGCUUCAUUGACAGCUCCGGCCUGCACGUGCACCGUCGCAUUCACACUGGGGAACAGCCCUACAAGUCUGUGGAGUGUGGGAAAAGUUUCAGGAUCAUCUCCAACCUCCGUACCCACCAGCUCAGCCACACUGGGGAACGACCCUACAUAUGUGGGGAAUGUGGGAAGAGCUUCAGGAGCAGCUCCUGCCUGAUCCAACACCAGCACAUCCACACUGGAAAACGGCCCUACACGUGUGGGGAAUGUGGGAAGGGGUUUCAGACCAGCUCAGAUCUCCUGAAGCACAAGCCAACACACACAGGGGAGUGGGCCUUCCACUGCACCUACUGCGGGAAGGGCUUCAACCGGAACUCCACCCUCGUCACCCACCGGCGCAUCCACACUGGAGAGAGGCCCUACAAGUGUGGGGAGUGUGGGAAGAGGUUUCAGACCAGCUCAAGUCUCCUCAGGCAUGAGCAGACACACACGGAUGAGAGGCCCUUCCAGUGCACCGACUGCGGGAAGGGCUUCAACCGGAACUCCCACCUCAUCACCCACCGGCGCAUCCACACCGGGGAGAGGCCCUACAAGUGUGGGGAGUGUGGGAAAAGGUUCACCGACAGCUCUGGCUUGACCAGACACCAACGGACCCACCAGUAAGGGAAGCCCCGACUGCGGGAAGAACUUCGGCCGCUGCUUCCACCCUGAAUGAACCCCCUGAUGGCAACCCCUGGAGUCCAGUGACUGUCAGUCCAUCCCUUUCAACCACAAAGGGCCAGUCCCCUUUCCCAGGGGCAGCUUCUUCCAACAGAACCCU